AUGGCCGACAUCACCGAUCAACACGACCAAACCUCGCCGACUGAGCUCGACGAGUCACAGUCGGUCGGCAAUGGUGGUGGUGCUACAGAAUCUAGAGGCAUCAAACGCCAACGCGCGUCUGCUGGCGACGACGACGACGACGACGACGACAAGGGUGGACGUGAACGCCGCAAGAUCGAAAUCAAAUUCAUCAGCGACAAGUCGCGUCGCCACAUCACCUUUUCCAAACGCAAGGCUGGAAUCAUGAAAAAGGCCUACGAGCUGUCGGUCUUGACUGGCACACAAGUUCUUCUCCUCGUCGUGUCUGAAACUGGGCUCGUCUAUACCUUCACCACGCCAAAGUUGCAACCGCUCGUCACUAAGGCUGAGGGCAAGAAUCUGAUUCAGGCGUGUCUCAACGCCCCAGAGCCGACUCCGGGAAACGAAAACGGGGUCGAUGGUGGCGACCAGGUCGACUCACCCGAGGAAUCUGCCCCCCAGCAUCUUCCUCCCCAAGGCGGCCGACCGGGCAUGCCGCAAAACCCACACAUGCCAGGCGGCUACAUGCCCAACAUGCCCAUGGAGGCUCAACAGGCUCUCGCGUAUCAGAACUACGUCCAACAACGCAGCCAAGGGUAUGGGUCAGGGAUGCCUCCCCAGGGCGGCAUGCCGCCCAGCAACCAUCAUCAAUCAUGA